CUACAGAAAAACUCUUUACCCUUGUCCGAAAAAUAUGCCGAAACUGAUUCAACAGUCAGCGACGAGAAACUAAUAUCUGAAAUUCCUCAGGUGCUCACUAUUAAUAAAGUAACCUUUAGAAAUACUUCAGUCUACUUCGAACUGGUACGAUUUAAUCGAAAUUGCUCCUGUUCCGAACUCGAAAUCUAACCAGUUUUUUCCCAGUAGUGUUCUUUAAUAGCGCUUGACUAUCAAUUUAAAUUGAACGGUAGACAAUUAUGUCUCGAUCGCGUUUAAUUUUGAUAAUUUGAUUUCUAACAAGUCAUUCGGAUAUACCAAUUUAAUAUUCUUUUACCACCGCGAACUGGAAACCUUACCCGGUUUAUAACACUUUUUAAACUGUUUAUCGUUCAGGCGAUAAUCCUCUCUGAGAAUGUUUAUAUUAGCAUUAAUUUUUAGAAUUGUUUAUGAAAUCAAAUUCAAACUCGUUUCAACGCUUAUGACAUUGUAAACAAAAACAUUGCUUUUAUAUAGUGAUGACCUUUGCACGCUCAAGCGCCGUAGCGAUUAUUUUAUAAUUAAGCUUUGCUUAUCACCAAAAUGUGCUGAUGUUGGCGCACGAUAGCAAGAAACGUUCGUGUAGGCAGCAAAUUAUUGUUUUGGAAAGUAUUUAAAAAUUUUCAACACUUCAGUACUGUUUCCAGUCUGAUUACGACAAAAUGCAUAAAACUGGAUUCUCGUUGAUGCGAUCUUUACUACUAGCUGUAAGCUGUAUAUUGGCUUUAUGCAGUCUUGUGCCUCAAAUUGUGGCUGAACGUGGCACAAAUGGACGCGAAAGGGAGGAACAAAUCAUGCGCAAUGCUAAGGCAGCCGAGGUACUCAGAUAUAUAAACCGAGAAGCCGAUCCAUGCAAUAACUUUUAUGACUUUGCAUGCGGCAAUUGGCCGUUACAUCAACCGAAGCUGUUAGAGGGUGACGCGCCAUUAUCGGUACAAAGUCAGUUGGUUCAACGCGUACGAAAGGACGUACAAAUGCUGCUUGAUGCCGGUGCACGCAUCAAGAGUAGAACGAAUUUGGAUGAACGUAAAGUUAAGGAGUUCUACAAGUCGUGUUUAGUGGUCGAACGCUCUUCGUCGUUGCAGCAAGCCUUUCUCAUGAAUUUCAUAAAGGAAUAUAAUGGCUUGCCGUUGCUAGCGGGCACCAACUGGAAUAUGAACUAUGAUUGGGUGCAGGUAAUUGCGCGUUUACGUCUGAACUAUGGCUUCGACUAUCUGAUUGGUAUGGAAGUGGUGACUAAUGAGCAGUCGCUACCAGGCAAAACGGUGAUACAGUUGACAGAACCGGCAACGUCAUUACUACCGCGGCAUUUGUGCAGCGCAGGUGCUACUUUGGAUGCGAAGGUUGGCGAAAAACUUACUGCGCAGUUGCAAACUGAAAUCGCUAAUGACUUGCAGUCUUGGUUUGGGCUGAAAGAAGACGAAACGGAACGCGUCGCUGGCGAUAUCAUACGUUUUGAGUUCGAAUUAUGCCAAUAUAUGAGAGAGAAUGAAUCAUUGCCGCCAUCCGAGAAUGGUGAGCCCGAACAGAAUGUUUAUGAGGGUCGAGAUUUGGCGCGUCUUUCAAAGGAAUUUGGUAACAUAAUCAAUUUCAGAAGGUAUUUGGAAACCAGUCUCAAUUCAACCGUUGCAAACUCGGAGAUCGUAAUGAAAUCUCCGCGCUAUUUUAAACAUUUGGCACACAUAGCACGCUUAAACCCCAGACCAACACUAACCAAUUACAUAAUGUAUCGUGCACUGACGGAAAUCAAUUUUCCACGCAAUGAAACUAGUCAACCAAGAGCGGGGUACUGCGCGCAAUUGGUCAUGCGAUUCUUCCCUAAAGUUGUCGGUGAGAUAUAUAAGAAUAGAUAUCAACGCAGCGAGAUUAGAGGCGAUGCUGAGCAACUUUUCGCCGAUAUCAAAGGGACAUUGAGUGAAUCUUUAAACGUGAAUGAUUUAUCGGAUAAUGCACAGAGAGCGUUGCGUAACAAACUUCUAGCAUUUGAAACGUUACUCUUUCCCAUCUACAAGGGUGUCAACUUACGUGAUCUGCCAAUAGAACAUACCAAUUUCUGGCAUAAGCAAGAUAUCGCCAUGAAAUUUAAGGGAUACAAGGAGCGUCAGCGUUUCUAUGGUGGCGAUCCCGAGUUCGAUGAAAGCCUCGUCGAAGCGUUUGAUGUGCGUAUGAAGUUGCUGGAUAACGGCAUCAUGACCGGUUGGGGACUGCUGCAACCGCCCUUCUAUGACUACAAGUAUGCCAACUCUUUAAAAUAUGCGUUACUGGGUCCACUUAUGGCGCGUGAGCUGGCGGCCGCCUUGAUACCCGAUGAACAACAGGCAGAGCUUACACGUGAUGAAUCAAUUAUGGAAAUUUUCAACAAUAUUACCGAAUGUUAUCGCACGCAGUACAGCAACUACUUGUAUAAUAUACCGAAUGUAUUCUACAAUGCAAGCAAAUCGCGUGAGCUCAUGACAGAUAGUGCCGGAUUGAAUAUAGCUUUUAAGGCCUAUCUCGGCUGGCUGUCUGCGGUGGAUUCGAGUAAUCGGCCAACAUUAUUGCGUGAAACUUUGCCGGGUGUAGACUUUACAAAUACACAAUUAUUUUUCAUCAUUUUCGCGCAAUCCCGUUGCCAUGCCAAAUAUGUAAAGGAGACGCCGCCAACAUUUCUACCACUCGAUAUGCACACCGAAGAACUCUUCAAUGUUAAUGGCGUCUUGGGAAAUAAUGUGGAGUUUGCGCGUGAAUUUGGCUGUGCGCUGGGCACAGAUAUGAAUCCAGAUGAUAAAUGUACACUGUUUUGAAUCAAUCAAAGUAAAAUUUAAAAAAUUUAAAAUUUUUGUUGUUCGUUUGGUCAUUUUAACCAACCUUGUUGUCAUGGUAAUUCGUGUUCGCAUUAUUCAAGGUGAUGUUGUAAAUUUACGGAAAAAACAGAGGAAUCUUACAAAGUUUAAGGUAUUUAGUUGACGAAUCAUGUACGAUCUUGUGAACACAUUUUAUGAUACAAAGUUAAUCCAUUUUCGGUUUUAUUAUUUAUAGAAUGAGUUUUUUUUUAGUUUUUAAACUUAUAUGCGUUUUUUAACUAGAAACAGUGCAAAAUCUUUGAAGAAUUACACAGUAAUAUUUAAAAAAAAAUGCAGAAUAAAAAAUUAAAAAAAAAAAACAAGAAUACAAUUUUUUUUACUCAUCCUUAAAAAGAGAAAUAAGGAGUUUCCGAUAAAAAAAAACGCCAUAUAACGUACGUUCUGAAUACCAAUGAACAACAAAACUGAAUUCUGUUAAUGAAUACAAUAAAUUAUUUCUGUACUUAACCUUGUAGGUCAUCAACUUUGAAUACGUAAACAUUUUUUUUGUAAUAUUUUAUGGUAGUAUCACAGUACUUCAUUUAAGGGGUUAUUAUCUACAUGUGAAUUUCAAUAAAGUAACUUUUUCAAAUAUUA